AUGGCACCCACCAGCACCUUCACUGGCGCCCGCCAGGUGUUUUCGGGAACCGUUCUGGAGAUGGAGCUGCCUCUGGAGGACCCCCCGGCCCUCCAUCCUUCGGAGCUGCUGCAGCCCCCCGGCCCGGCUCCGCAGCUGUGUGAGCUGCGCACCGCCGUGUCUUGCUUCGCCGAGGAGACCGUCUCGCUGCUCUCGGCCAGCGGCCUGCUAAGCCAUUCCCUGCUCAGGACGCCGGCCGGCGCGGGGGCCCGUCCGAAAGAGCCGGGGGGCCAAUCGGCCGCGGCCCGGCGCAAGCGUGAGUUUACCCCCGACGAGAAGAAGGACGACGGCUACUGGGACAAGAGGAAGAAGAACAACGAGGCUGCCAAGCGUUCUCGGGAGAAGCGGCGGGUCAGCGACCUGGCCCUGGAAGGACGGGUGCUGGCACUCCUGGAGGAAAACGCCCGCCUCAAGGCAGAGCUCCUGGCCCUAAAAUUUCGCUUUGGCCUGAUUCGGGAUCCCGUGGACCCUUCUGGGCCAGCAGUUCCGGUUGCCUCCGAACCCCACCGGCCAGUGCCCGCACCCCAGCACUACCCGGCUGCUCUCGAGAUACCCCGUUACGCCUGCCCCUUCCGACCGGAGGCCGCCGCCAGCUCCGAGGAUUCGGGGUUCUCCACACCUGGCAGCUCGAGCAUGGGGAGCCCGGUCUUCUUUGAGGAGCGCGAGAGGGCCGAGGAAGGGAUUGUGUACGACGCACACUGCCUUGUGCCCGAUUCCUCUGAGGACGGGCCGGAUUUGGGCCGAGUUAGCCGUUUCGAGGCCGGGGAGAGCGUCAAAGGCCUUCCCCACAAGCUGCGUUUCAAAAUGGGGGGCGGGUCGGAGGACAUGGCCGGGGAGCCGCCAGGACAUUACCCGCCGUCUCCACCGGUGGGAACCUGGAGGGGCCCUGCCCCACGCGAGGAGCAGAGGAACGUUGGCCCCGUGCCCGUGGGCAUGGUGGCGUUCGACGGCUGCUGUGAAGCGGAGGCCCCUCCCGCCCACCUGCCGCCCCUCCCGGGCUCCGGGUACCAGACGGAGAACAGCAGCCUGCGGAACCAGCUGGCGUCGCUUUCGGCCGAGGUGGCCCAGCUGAAGAAACUCUUCUCCGAGCAGAUCUUGAUCAAGAUGAACUGAGGGA